AUGUUUUGGCUAAAGAGCGUGGUCUCCUUCGCGGGGCUUUGUUCGCUGUCAUUCGUCUCUGCGCAGACAAAGUACAAGGUCCAGAAACCACCACUUGAUACAGACUGGACUUACAAGGUUGGCACUAACCCAUGGCCUGAACAUCCACGACCACUGCUCAAACGCGAGGCAUGGAAGAGCCUCAACGGUAUCUGGACUUGGAGAGGCGAUGGUGAAUUGUCUGAUCCACCGGAGGGGACUCUAGACCGUGAAGUGCUGGUCCCAGCUUGUAUUGAAAGCGCCUUGUCGGGACUACAGAUCCUUGAUCAACGGGAAUUCUGGUACCAGCGAUCAUUUGAAGUACCGGAUGAAUGGGAAGACAAGACCGUUUUGCUUCAUUUUGAGGCUGUGGACUACAACUCGACUGUUUUUGUGAAUGGUGAAGAGAAGGUGAAUCACAUUGGAGGGUAUGAUAGGUUCACCAUUGACAUUACCGACGAUGUCAAGUUUGGAGAGUCGAAUGAAUUACUCGUCUUUGUGAGCGAUCCGACAGAUGAUCAAGUCAUUCCCAUUGGCAAACAGACCCUGCGUCCAAGUCACAUCUUCUAUCGCUCUUGUUCCGGCAUCUGGCAGCAAGUCUGGCUUGAAGCUGUUCCCAAAGACAACUACAUCACUGAACUUGAUGUAGCAGCUGGUGCAGACGGUAAAGUUGUCAUUACGGUCCACACGUCAGGAGAGUCCAGCAAACCCGUUCAAGUCACCAUUGGAGGAGAAGGCGGCACAAGCGUUGCCUCUCACAAUGGCACCACAGACGAGGAGUUCAGUUUCACCGCAAAGUCGCCCAAGCUGUGGUGGCCCGAUUCACCUACUCUCUACAACCUAACCGUAACACUCGGCAGUGGAGAUGAAGUCCACAGCUACACAGGCUUCCGAACUAUUUCGAAAGGCAAAGUAGAAAACGUCACACGACCGUUACUCAACGGUGAGUUUGUAUUUCAAUUCGGUACUCUUGAUCAAGGGUACUGGCCUGAUGGUUUGCACACGCCACCCAACCGAGAGGCGAUGGUUUCUGAUCUAAAGCUGUUGAAGAAGUUUGGCUUUAACAUGGUGAGGAAGCAUAUCAAAUACGAACCUCAUCUCUUUUACCAGGCAUGCGACGAGCUCGGUCUUCUCGUUAUUCAGGACAUGCCAAGUCUGCCAGCAGACGGCAACCGCAAGCCUAAUGAUGCAGAGCAAGCCGAGUUCAAGCGACAGCUUGAGAUUCUAGUCAAUCAACACAAGAGUUAUCCCUCAAUCACAACCUGGGUCAUCUACAACGAAGGAUGGGGCCAACGAGAUGGUUCACCCGAGGAGGACCUUACACAGCUUGUCCGCAAGCUUGACAACUCGCGACUCAUCAACUCUGUCAGCGGAUGGGAUGACCACGGCUAUGGUGACUUCCAUGAUAACCACAAUUACGCUGCACCCCAGUGUGGUACGCCUUUUUACUCCCGGCCAAAGACGCCAUAUGAUCCAGAACGCAUCGGCAUCGCUGGUGAAUACGGCGGUAUCGGCCAUAACGUCUCAAUUGAGCAUCUUUGGAACGUCAAACAAGCCAUCGACAGUAUCCCGGAAACGUACGAGAUCAACAAAGAUCUUGAUUCGUACAACUAUCGGUCCGGUGUCUUGUUUCGAGAUAUCCGUGAGCAAACCCAGCGUUUCGCUUGUAGUGGCGCUGUAUAUACUCAGACCAGCGACGUUGAGGGUGAAGUCAAUGGUUUGAUCACGUAUGACCGUCGCUUCGUGAGACCGGAUGUUGAGAAGUGGCAGAGCGAGAUCGCAAGCGUGUACCAGGCUGCUGCUUCGAGAGGUGGAAUGGAGUUUGAUGAUGAUGGACAGGGAAGGUCUGGGUCUCUACUAGACCUCUAG